GAUGUGUUUCCCUUCAAAGAGAACGAAGGAGAAGUUUUCCGAUCCGGAUGACUCGCCGCAGGAUAUAAAGGCGGCGGAUGCUUCAUCCAAGUCCUCCAAUAGAACUCCCGCUCCCACUGCGUCUUCUUUUGCUCCUGCCAAUACCGCCGCUCCUCAAAACAACAAAUCAGAAAGGAUGGCUCCCAAAGUCGCGAUUAUUAUUUACUCGAUGUACGGACAUAUCGCCAAAAUGGCAGAGUCCGUCAAAGCUGGCGUUGAGUCGGCUGGUGGCACCGUGACUAUCUUACAAAUACCGGAGACAUUGUCGGAAGAUAUACUCAAAUUAUUAAAAGCGCCGCCCAAGCCGUCAUAUCCAGUGCUCGCUCCUGAUGACUUGAGGAACUACGAUGCAUUCCUCCUCGGUAUCCCGACACGAUACGGGAACUUCCCGGGACAGUGGAAGGCGUUCUGGGACGCAACCGGGCCACUCUGGUCAAGCGGUGCAUUGUACGGGAAAUACGCUGGCAUCUUCGUCUCUACCGCCAGCUCGGGAGGCGGACAGGAGACAACAGCCGCAAACGCAAUCUCAACUCUGACACACCACGGCAUUAUCUUCGUCCCUAUGGGUUAUAAGAACGCGUUCGCACAACUUACCAACAUUUCGGAAGUACAUGGUGGUUCUCCAUGGGGAGCUGGUACGUUGGCUGGCCCUGACGGGUCGCGACAGCCGACUGCACUCGAGCUUGAGGUCGCACACAUUCAGGGCAAGACGUUUUAUGAGACUGUAGCAAAGGUUGCUUUUUAGGGACCAGCAGUACAAUUAGAGGACAUGUACACUGAUUGCACGAAACCUGACAGCAUACCAAUUUUUGUUUCGCUAGUAUAGAGUUAUAAUGCUUGUUUAAAAUAAAAUAAAAUAAGAAAAAUAUUCCAAA